GAAUUUCAUAUUCUCUGGUCUACAUCUUAUAUCAAUAACAAUCCAAAAAAAACAUAUCUUACAAAAUGAUGAAAUUUUUGUUGAUUGCUGCCGUGGCAUUUGUCGCCGUUUCGGCUGAUCCAAUUCACUAUGAUAAAAUCACCGAAGAAAUCAACAAAGCUAUUGAUGAUGCCAUUGCUGCUAUUGAACAAUCCGAAACAAUAGAUCCAAUGAAAGUACCUGAUCAUGCCGAUAAAUUCGAACGUCAUGUUGGUAUUUUGGAUUUCAAAGGUGAAUUAGCCAUGCGAAACAUUGAGGCUCGAGGAUUGAAACAAAUGAAACGUCAAGGUGAUGCUAAUGUCAAAGGUGAAGAGGGUAUUGUUAAAGCUCAUUUGUUGAUCGGUGUUCACGAUGAUAUCGUCUCGAUGGAAUAUGAUUUAGCAUACAAAUUGGGUGAUCUUCAUCCAAACACUCAUGUCAUUUCGGAUAUUCAAGAUUUUGUUGUUGCCUUGUCCCUUGAAAUUUCUGAUGAAGGUAACAUAACAAUGACAUCUUUUGAAGUACGACAAUUCGCUAAUGUUGUCAACCAUAUUGGUGGUCUUUCAAUCUUGGAUCCAAUUUUUGGCGUUUUAUCUGAUGUAUUGACCGCUAUUUUCCAAGACACCGUACGUAAGGAAAUGACCAAAGUAUUGGCACCAGCAUUUAAACGUGAAUUGGAAAAAAAUUAACCAAUAGACAUCAUUUUUCCAACUGUACAAUCUCUAUUUCACUGACAAUAAAAUAAAAUUUUUAUUUUUAUUUCUCAUAAAAAAA